AUGACAUUCCAUGGUCGAACCCUCCAAGAUUCUCUGCGAAUCGCCUACGACGAGAUCGUGCGCCUCACGCGCGCUUCAGAGUCAGAAACACCAUCGACUUCUCGCCUGAAGUCGAUCAAGCUGGAUGUGGCCAAAUUCGGCGGAGCGGAGUCGGUCAAACUCCUCCGCUGGCUUUUACAAGUCAGCACUGCUGCUGACGCUCAGCGUAUCUCCGAUGAUGCCACCCGCAUAGCUUUCGCGAUGUCGCAUUUGAAGGGUCGUGCGGAGGAUAUGGCGUUCUCCAAACGCUUGACGGACCGCCACUGCUUCCCAUAUUUCGCGGUCUUCGAGACCGAACUCAAGGCGAUGUUCCUGCCACCCAACAGCGAUUUUCGGUAUCGCUCGCAAUAUCUGGCUUGCAAGCAAGGGAAACGCUCCCUUCAGGAAUUCAUCCACGAUCUUCGCUUCCUGGCUGCGAACAUUAACGAUGAAGAGUCACUCCCGGAAUCCCUACGGGAGACCGUUUUCAUGGACGGUCUCAAUCAAGGCCCGGCGCGCACACAGUUGUUUCGCGCCUACCCGGACACCUUUGAAGAAGCCGUCCGAAUCGCGCUUUCGGAAACAUUUUGCUCCUCCUUCGCGCACGCACGCGCGGCGUCCUCAGACAUGGAUGUCUCCAUGCUGGCCCAGGCAUCAGACGACCGCACGUGUUUCAAUUGCGGUCGCCCGGGACAUUUCUCCCGCCCAUGCCCGACCCCUCGCCGUUGUAGCAUCAACCGCCCCACCCUCGCACGGUUCCUCCCGUACCGCGCCCGAUACCCCUUCGCGUCGCCCUUCGAGCGGUCCACCUAA